AUGGGAGCUAAACGUGCCGUAGAAGGAAGAUCACAACCCUAUGAUGUUCUCUUAGCAGCUUAUCAGAAAAAAUCUAUAGGUAGACCUAAUGUUAAAGAUCAACUAGCCAAAAAGAAAGUGAAUCAAACUAAUGAUGAAUCAUUUAUUGAUUCCGAUGAAGAAGUAGAAAAUGUGAUGCAAGCGUUUAAACAAAGUCGACCUACGCCACUUGCAGAAAAAAGAUAUUAUUUCGUUAAGCGUCGGCGUCAAUGUUUUCGUUUACGAGAUAUUUUAGUAGAUGCUAUCACACCCAAAUUAAACAAUACUUAUUCACAACGACAGCAGCAACAACAGCAACAACAACAACAACAAAAUAAUUUUAAUACAGAUAAUAAUACUAUUUUUAAUGAACCUUCUAAUACUACAUUUUUUUCAGUACGAUAA